GGUUCAGCAGUUUCAGUUGGUCCUACUGCAUUGGUUGACAAAAUGGUGUACGAAUUUUGAAGCACAAAAUGUGCGGAGAAAUGACAUAGAAAUGUGGCCCUUGACCACAUUGGGCAUGAAGUUUAAUUUGUGCACUGACCUAUCCAAAAGAAGGCAAACACUAGUUUAAAACUGCGUUCAUAACCUACUUCUGAUUUAAGAUUUAUCACUGUUGAAGCUGCCGUACACACUUAUAAUGCAUUGAACACACUGAAUUAGAGAUGAUUCCUGAUGACAGGAGCUAUAUUGUGGCAUUUAGUCCAGGAGACACCAGAAGUAUGGAGGACAUACCUUGAUUCAGGAGUGCUCUGUCACCAUGCACAGUCUUUAUUACUUGAUCAAACCUGGUUGCAAGGAAAAAAUGGCUUCUGAUGCAGACUUAAAAGUCAGCAGUCCAGUUGAAACUAUAGAGUCUUUAACGAAAGAGGCAGAAGCACUGAAAGCAAAGCUUGAAGAAGAAAGACAGAAGCUGAAUGACGUAGCAUUGUCAACUGUCGCUGAAAGACUGGAGGUGAUAAAUUAUCUCAACAUCAAACCUCGACGUUUGCUCAAAGGGCAUCAAGCAAAGGUCCUGUGUUCAGACUGGUCACCAGAUAAGCGUCACAUUGUCUCAUCUUCUCAGGAUGGGAAAAUGAUUAUAUGGGAUGCAUUUACAACUAACAAAGAACAUGCUGUUACAAUGCCUACUACAUGGGUGAUGGCUUGUGCAUAUGCUCCAUCAGGAAAUUUGGUUGCAUGUGGAGGUUUAGACAACAAGGUAACAGUAUACCCAUUGAGCCUUGAGGAAGAUGUUUCAACAAAGAAAAAAACAGUUGGUACUCACACAAGUUACAUGUCUUGCUGCACAUUUCCAAAUUCUGAUCAGCAGAUCCUGACAGGGAGUGGAGAUUCUACAUGUGCGCUGUGGGAUGUGGAAUCAGGACAGUUGCUACAAAAUUUCCAUGGUCACAAUGGAGAUGUAAUGGCCAUUGAUCUUGCUCCCUCUGAGACCGGCAAUACAUUUGUAUCUGGGAGCUGUGACCGGAUGGUUCUCAUAUGGGAUAUGCGAACAGGGCAGUGUGUUCAGUCAUUUGAAGGCCAUCAGUCAGACAUAAAUAGUGUGAAAUUUCAUCCAAGUGGAGAUGCUGUAGCUACUGGUUCAGAUGAUGCAACAUGUCGUUUAUUUGAUCUGAGGGCAGACAAAGAAGUUGCUGUGUACUCCAAAGAGAGCAUCAUCUUUGGUGUUAAUUCUGUGGAUUUCUCUGUUAGUGGGAGGCUUCUAUUUGCUGGAUAUAAUGAUUAUACUGUUAAUGUCUGGGAUUCACUAAAAUGUGUAAGAGUGACUCUGUUGUAUGGUCAUGAGAACAGGGUAUCUUGCCUGCAAGUGUCACCUGAUGGAACAGCUCUUUCUACCGGAAGCUGGGAUUAUACUUUACGGGUGUGGGCAUAGUCAUUAGAAUACCUACUACCAAACCAAAGAUGAUCUGCAUUUAUUAAGUUUAUAAUGGUAAUCCAAAGUCUCAUGUUUGUGUGUCUGAGCUUCAAAAUACUAGUCCCCCACUGAGUGAGAAACCAAAUUAAUUAUGUAUUGGAUUAGUGUAGUUACUCGUACCUUGAAGAAAUGUAGUUUCUGCAUGUGUAAAGUAGUGUGAAAUGUACUGUUUUAAAUGGAUGUAGUAACUAAAUAAAAUUACAUCAGUCAUUAAAGGUGUUUAUCUUGAGCGAGUCUACUACACGGAA